UUUGUUUCAGUUCGUUUAACGAAAUCAAAAGAGAAUGAGGUGUUGGUCGGACGAUCGCGGCAUGAUCGCUUUCAUGAUAGCAGCGAUAAUAGCCAUAUCGAUAUCAGUGCAACCAGUUUCCACCGCUAAUAUUCUUGGUGUAUUUCUCAGUCCGAGUCCCUCACAUUUAAUUGUACAUAUGUCAAUUAUGAAAACACUGGCUGAACGUGGUCACAACAUAACAGUKGUCUCAAGUUUAAAACCGAAAGUCUAUCAUCCCAAAAUACACAACAUCAUUAUUGAGCCGUCGGAAGCGCGUCAAAAGGAAAUGAAUGAGGAAUUAUCCGACUUGGGAGUAAAAAGGCAAAACCCCAUUGUUAUGGUGAUGAAAUUCUUGAGAGCUGACAAUGUUAUGAUCACAUUGCAAUUGGAUAUUGUUAAGAAUGAAAAAUUUCAACAAAUCUAUAACAACAAAUAUGAUUUGGUUAUAAUGGGAUAUUUUAUGAAUAACUUCCAAUUCAUCGUUCCGGCCAAAUUGAAUUGCCCUAUGAUACUCAGUUGGACUGGCCAACCGAUGGAGAUGGUAAAUCAUUUUGUUGGAGUACCGAAUGAAGUAUCGUAUGUUCCGUCUGUAUUUACUCCUCAUAAAAACGGUGAAAUUAUGAGUUUUGGAUCACGUCUGCUAAAUUUUGUAUCGAGUGGUUUGUUGCGUUUAGCUACCAAUAUCAUGGAUAUUUCAUUUGCGGCAUAUUACAAAGAGUUAGCAGCCGACGAUGCGGCACUACGUACAUAUUCAGAGAUGAAAGAGAACGUAUCCUUAAUAUUUUGUAACAGCCAUUUCAGUGAGGGGCCCAUACGGCCGAUGGUACCUGGUAUGGUAGAAAUCGGUGGCAUACAAAUAAAGGAGAAGGCAACGCCUUUACCUAAGAUUAUUGAUCACUUUUUGAAUGCCUCCAAAACAAAUGGAGCAAUACUCUUUAGUUUGGGUUCAAACAUGAAAAGUUCCAGCAUGCAACCAGAGACUGUUAGUAUAAUUUACAAAGUACUCUCCUCGUUGGAACAAAAUGUGGUUUGGAAGUGGGAAAAUUUGGAAAAUACCCCUGGCAAUGCCUCAAAUAUACUCUACCAAAAAUGGUUACCACAAGAUGAUAUACUCGCCCAUCCUAACCUUAAGCUUUUCAUCACACAUGCCGGAAAGGGUGGAAUGGUGGAAGCGACUUAUCACAGUGUGCCUAUGAUUGCAAUGCCAAUAUUUGCUGAACAACCCGCGAAUGCUGCUAAAAUAGUGUCUUCCGGUUUUGGCGUACAAGUAGACAUUUUAAAUUUGAAAGAAAAUGAAUUCAGAGACGCCAUAUUUGAAGUGCUUCAUAACUCAAUAUAUCGAAAUAAUGUGUAUCGAUUUUCAGAAUUAUAUCGAAAUCGUCCAUUGACUGCUAGAGAAACUGUUAAUUUUUGGGUUGAAUAUGUUAUACGUCAUCAUGGAGCUGCACACAUGCAAAGUCCACUGAUUCAUUUGAAUUUUAUACAGUCGAAUAGCUUGGACGUUUUAUUAGCUAUAUUGAUAACACUUUAUUUGCUGUGGAAGUUGCUGAAAUUUUCUUGUAAGCUUUUAAGUAAAUUAGUACGUUCAGCUAAAGGAAAGCAAAAGGCAGGACAUUCAAAGAAAUCCAAAAAGGAAUAAGCUUAUAUUUUAUAUUUUCGGUAGCUUCAGUUUAGGAGCUUUAAUAAACCAUGGAAUUGGAUAUGAAAAAAUUCUGGAUUGAAAUAUUUAAUAAUUUCUUUCAUUAAUAAAUGCUCAAAAAUA